AUGCUGUCACUCUCAUUGGGUAAAUAACAAACCACCCACAGACUCUGCACCGGGAAGUUUAUCGUUACCGGAGCUGCUGGGCGGGUGAACUUCACCGAAGGGCUCUCGGUAACAAGCGGGCGCUGACCUGUGAGAGGGCCGGACUCGGAGCGUGUCUGCCCGCCUGCUCUCUGCUGGAGGAGCGUGUUAGCCGCUAACACCGCAGCUAGCGGGCUAACUAGCCACUAACACCGCAGCUAGCGGGGCUAACUAGCCACUAACACCGCAGCUAGCGGGGCUAACUAGCCGCUCCGCCCGUGUUGAGCUCACAGGUCGGUGCGUGUGAUGCUAGCAGCGCCGGGGAUUCUUUAAGAGAGCUUCUGAGUUGGAUUCAUGUCCAGGGAUACUCCAGAGGUGGUGUUAUUCCGCUGCAUUAUUCCCCGCCUCUCCCCCCUCUCUCUGUCGGCUUCACAUGCUAACAGGGAUGUGUCUCAGCAGCUAACGGAGCUAGCUCAGUGUUAGUGAGGUACACGCUGUUUCACCUGUCCUCUAUGUUACCUGUCCUGCGGACACGGAGCAUGCAGCAGGGGGAGAGGCUCCUCGCCAGGAGAUAGGACAAUAACCUGAUCUACGUGUGGGACUGAGAGGCUGACUUGAGCACAGACUGUUUGUGGUGUCGGAGGAGCUUCAGGAUGAAGAAGUUCUCCAGGAUGCCGAAGUCAGAGAGCGGGGGGCUCGGAGGGCAGUCCGGGACCAGCUGCGGGGUCAGCAGCUACCUGGGCAAGGUGUUCUCUGUGGGCAGGUACCAGGUGACUGUGGAGGAGCUGGUGGCAGAGGGAGGGUUCUCGGUGGUGUUUCUGGCUCGUACGCACAGCGGCGUCCGCUGCGCUCUAAAGAGGAUGUACGUGAACAACGUCCCCGACCUGAAUGUCUACAAGAGGGAGAUCACCAUCAUGAAGGAGCUCUCGGGUCAUAAGAACAUCGUGGGUUACCUGGACUCCACCAUCAGCCCCGUGUCGGACACCGUGUGGGAGGUGCUGAUCCUCAUGGAGUACUGUAAAGCGGGUCAGGUGGUGAAACAGAUGAACCAGCGUCUGAACGUGGGCUUCAGCGAGGCCGAGGUCCUCCACAUGUUCUGUGACACCUGUGAGGCGGUCGCUCGUCUGCAUCAGUGCAAGACGCCCAUCAUCCACAGAGACCUCAAGGUUGAAAACAUCCUGUUGAACGAUCAGGGAAAUUACGUGCUUUGUGACUUCGGCAGUGCGACCCAUAAAGUUUUACAGCCUCAGAAAGACGGAGUGAGCGCCGUGGAGGACGAGAUCAAGAAGUACACAACACUCUCCUAUCGCUCACCUGAGAUGAUUAACCUGUACGCAGGUAAAGCCAUCACCACCAAGGCUGAUAUCUGGGCUCUGGGCUGCUUGUUGUACAAGCUGUGUUUCUUCACGCUUCCUUUUGGGGAGAGUCAAGUCGCCAUUUGUGACGGGACGUUUAUCGUCCCGGAUAACUCCAAGUUCUCCUUCAAGCUGCACUGUUUGAUCCGAUACAUGCUCGAGCCAGACCAGGAGAAGAGACCAGACAUCUACCAGGUGUCCCACUUUGCCUUCAGAUUAGCAGGAAAAGACUGUCCAGUGCCAAACCUGUUUAACUCUCCAAUCCCGACGUCUCUCCCUGAACCGCUAACAGCGAGCGAGGUCGCCGCUAAGAAGAGUAUGACAAAAGCCAGGAUCACAGAGGCUGUUGGUCCCACAGAAACAUCGAUCGCUCCCAGACAGAGACCCAAAGCAGCCAAUAGUAACGUCUUACCACUCGCCAACACCGUCACACCUGUGAAGAUGGGCGGGCCUUCAGCGCCCGUCAGUAAUGGACAGAAAGCUCACACACCUGGCUCGGGGCAGCCGUCCGUGCAGCAGCAGCAGCAGCAGCAGCAGCAGCAGCAGCAGCAGCCCAGCAGUCAGCAGCACCGCGUCCUGCAGCAGCUGCAGCCUGGUGACCUCCGUCUGCAGCAACUACAGCAGCAUCAUCAUCAUCAACAAGCACUGCAACAACAACAACAACAACAACAACAAGCAACCGCUCAGCAACUCCAAUACCUCCAGUACCAGCAGGCUGUGCAGCAGUCUCUGCAGCUCCAGCAGCAGCAGCAGCAGCAGCAGCAGGCGGCUCUCCUCCAGCAGCAGCAGCACAUGAUGAUGGCGCCCGUCUACCAGCAGCAGGUGGCUCAGGCUCAGGCUCAAGCUCAGUACGCUGCCAUGCUGCACCAGUACCAACAGGCUUUUGUGCAACAUCAACAACAACAACAUCAACAACAACAUCAUCAUCAACAACAUCCUCCUCCUCCUCCUGCGGCUCAGCAGACGCUCCCCUACAUGUCCUCCCCCCUCGAGUUUCAGAUCCCGCUGGGCUCCUUUAGCUCCACCACGCCCUCUACUGGACCUGCUGCUGCACCUGUGCUGGUGGGGGGGCCGUCACCUGUGCUGGUUGGGGGGCCGUCACCUGUGCAGAUCGGGGGGCCGUCACCUGUGGAUCCAUCAUACACUAACUCCAGUAGGAACUCCCUGCUGGCCUCAGACGGGGUCUCCCCCCCCUCUCAGAGCUGCGGCGCGCUCAGUAACCCCCCCGACAUGUCGCACUGGAACCCGUUUGGAGAGGACAACUUCUCCAAGCUGACCGAGGAGGAACUGAUCGACCGCGAGUUUGACCUGCUCAGAGCAAACAAACCUGUGGAGCGAGCAGCCAGUGUGGAAACGGACCGCCCCCUGCAGACUAAGCCCCUCCCCCCUGAGGACCUGUUCGGCUCGGCCCCGUUUGUGGCGAGCACAGAUCCUGAAGUGAUGAAGAACGAGCCGACCAAUGAGGACGUCGGCGUUCCUGCUCCUGAAUCAAACCCUGCAGACGCUAAAGAGCCGCGAUCGGGAAAGAAGAGCCGAGUGGGAGACGAGUCUGACAGCGACUUUGAAUCCGACCCUCCUUCUCCUAAGAGCAGCGAGGACGAGGAGCAGGAGGAGGACGAAGGCCUGAACAGCGAGCACGGUGAGGACACAGAGCCGGAGAUUUCAGGACAGCGCCCCCUGCUGAUGGACUCUGAAGAGGAGGAAGACGAAGACAAGCCCAGCUCAGAGUCAGACUGCGAGCGCGGCCGGGCCAAGACUCGCUCAAAGAAAGCCGCCGCAGCAGGUAAAGCGGCCACCAGGGGGAGCCCUCAGGAGUCAGGGAUGAUCACUCCUCCUCAGUCGCCCAGCAGGGGGCGAGCUGCUCCUGCUCAGGGGGCUGCUGUGGAUGUGUUUGGUGCGGUUCCCUUUGUGGGAGGAGCUUCACCCGAGAGACCCGCGGAGAACUUGGACAUCUUUUCCAAAGCCCCGUUCAGACAGGUGAGUCUGGAGCGGCGAGCUGCGGACGAGUUCGACGUUUUCACGAAAGCUCCGUUCACCAGAAAUCGGAGUGGAGGAGACAUCACCAUGGGACAGACUCCGCCCAUUUCUCCUGAAAGCAUCGACAUCUUUGGCUUCUCUCCCUUUCAUCCCGGCCCGACAGACGCCCCGCCCACCACGUCCAGAAGCGCCGAAGACAUUUUCCGACCGUCCCACGACGAGUCCUCGAGUCCUCAGCAGCAGAGGCUGAAGCAGCGCAGCCUCCAGAAGCUCUCGUCGCGUCAGAGGAAAACCAAACAGGAGCCGGCGGCGGGUGGCAGCAACGGGAAACGCCACCACAGCACGCCGACCGGAGGACGCAAGAGCAACAAGGCCACGUACCGCACGCCAGAGCGGGUCCGCAGAAACAAGAAGGUCGGACGCAAAGACUCGCAGAGCAGCAACGAGUUCCUGAGCACGUCUGACUCGAAGGAGAACAUCGGCGUGGAUAUCACCAUGGACCAAGGAGCCGCCCUGCAGGUCGACGACCCUCUGCUCGACCCGUUUGGAGCCAAACCGUUCCACCCGCAGGACGCCGGCCGCUACCAAGGAACAGAGACCCGGAGCGACGACGCCAAAAACAAGUCCUGGAGUGGGUCUUUUCAUUCCACCUUGGAGGAGGGUAAAGCGAUGGAUGAUUUCGGGGCGGUGCCCUUCACAGAGAUGGUCGACGGCGGUGGACCUCAGCAGGCUCCGCCCACACAGCCAGUGGAUCUCGACCCGUUUGGAGCGGCUCCGUUUCCCUCCAAACAGUAACUCUAAUAGAAUCUUCCAGUGACGGGGUAACCUGAAGGAAACGUCGUCAGCCAAUCAUGAGAGGACGAGCUAACAGCCUAACUCUUAACACGCCGCUCGGCGACUAAACGGUGACUUCCUGUAAUCGCGACCACAUAUCUGUCUGCUGAACGCCUUUUAAUGCUGCAUCAUGAAGACGUCUGAACAUCCGACGUUCGAGCGCUUCUCUCCUUAAAGCUGCCUUCUGUUUUUUAGCACCAUGAAGCCUUACCUGAGCUGGGCCCCGCCCCUCUCUGCACAGCACCUCGUCGUCAUGGCGUCGGAGGAGUCGUUAACCACUUUGUCCUUUUAGACGUUCUCUAUGCAGACGGCCGUCUCCACACUGCCCCCGUGUGGCGGGUUUUUGUUUUGACUCUUUGAAUAGAAAGGGAUGGAUUUAAUCUGCUCUUUUAAAUUUUAGGCUUUAACUGUUUCCUGUUUUCUAACUGUUCACUUUCUUUUUUAUUAAUAACUCGACACAUUCUGUUCUGAGAAGAAAUAAAACGUCACAUCAGA